AUGACAAACACCAAACGGCAGCUUGUCAACGAGGGUACAUGCCACCAACCCUCAACUUUCUUCACACCUGCUCAGCCUGUGCCAUUCGGCGCCGGAUCUGAAACGAUGAGUGUUAACCUGCCUGUCGAAUUUGCCAUUACCAUUGGCGGGCUUUGUUCUGAAGAUCGACACCAACUUCAAGCAGAGCUUCUCGGAAAGCGCGGCGAGGCGUUGAACAUUCAUCAAUGUGCAGAAGCGAGCAUCGGAGCUAGCAUCUACACAUCCCUGAAAUCCACGACCGGACCGGAACCCAAGGCGAACUCAUCCGGCUGCAGAUUGCAGAGCAUCGAGAAGAAAACCAAAGCUUGCGAGUGA